CACAACACCGGACUAUCGAGACUCUGACUCUUGUUGACUGUUGACCCUUGACUGCCAUCUUGAUCGUGCACGACGCUCACAAGCCACGACUCGCUACUGAUCAGUGCAAAGACUCGCGCAAGGACCGUCUGGAUCAUCUUCGGUCGUGAGCAGAAGCUCCACACAAGGCGGUGAGGGCACGUGCAACCACGCUGACAAGACGGGUGAAUCGGUCGCAAAGCACCGCAAUCUUCAACCGCACCAGCACCGGAGCGUCCAUUCGCUGCCGCCUGCCCCUCCAUGUCCUCUUCCAAGUAUGCUGAUCUGCCAGAUAUCGACACAUUCUCUCCCGAUGUGUUCGAAACGUCGAGCCCCGAUUCACCGAGCGGCGCCGCUCGAAAGAUCCGCGGAGUCACCCCAAGCUCAUCCUCCGGCUCCGAGUCUGACGAUCCAGAUGCCAGCUUUGUCAGCGCAACGGAUCGGCCUAGCAAACGCAAAGGAGGUGGAGCGGGCGGAGCGAGCGGAUUGCCAAGCAGCAGCUCUUUGAGUGGACUUGCUGCUGCAAAAAAAGGCGGCAGGACGGAGGAUGCGGGGACAGAGGCGAUAGAGGCGAUCGAGAGGUCGAGAAUGAAUGUGGGAGAAGCUACUAGACGCUUUAGGCAAGGAACGGGGGCGGAUGCUAGCGGUGUAGACUUUUCCGACCAGCUGACAUCCGCUCGUCGAAAGAGGGCGCAAAAGUACCCCCCUCAAUCUGUCUUGGAAGUGGGCUACUACGGACAGGAAAGGGCCGGGCUGAGAAGCUAUCAGGGCGUCUCGCCUGUCGGCUCGGCUUCCGAGAGCCGAGCAGAGAGGUUGCAGAGGUUGAAGAUGGAGUCGGAAGAGUUGGAAAAGGAACUCAAGGAGGAGCAAGACUCACGAGGGCAAGAGUGGUCUGAUUCGAACAACGCGUCAGAGCAGGAGCGCGGAAGGGAGAGAGGGCAAGGAGCAGAUGCUCGCAUGUUGGAUCAGCUCAGACAACUCAAAGGAGAUCUCAACCGCUUCGAUGGCAUCUUGUCUGGCAGGACAGCGAGUGAUUCACUGGACGCUCAAGCUUGGCAGACACAGGCCAGGACUUUGUUAGGGCAGUUGAAAGAAAUGAAUCUGACGGAUGCCCGAGGUGUCGCAAACGUAGGCGACACGAGUGCGCGGAUCAAGCCGCACAACGUCGGCGCGUCGUCGGAGCUGGCAGGGUUGGAGAGCAGAUUGCACGAACUCGAACAGCUGGUAGGGGUGGGAGCCUUGCUUGAAAGCUCCGAAAGCCCGCCGCAUCCCCUACUGCCUACGCUCUCACGCGUCGAGCACCUCGUGACGCUUUUGGCCCACCCGCGUCACCUAGACUCGAUCUCUCGUCGUAUCAAGGUUCUCGUCUCCGAGCUCGAACGAGCGCAAGAAGCUCGUCGAAAGUUGGGAUUCAGCGCUUCCAUUUCGAAUGUGGGUCAAGGUGGAGUUCUGAUCAGCACGGCGGCAGAGCAACAGCAGCAGCAGCAGCAGCAGCAGCAGCAUCGCGAUCAAGGGGACGAAGACGCGGCAGGUGAUGCCCAAAAGUCAGGCUUGUCCCUGGAGCAGAGGAGAAGUUUGGACAGCUUGUUUCCGGUCAUGGAAAGGAUCGAUGGACUUUUACCCAUCAUACCGGCCAUCCUGAGUCGGUUGCAGACUCUGCAAGACCUGCACUCUUCAGCCGGAACGUUCGCCAAGGAUCUGGAUGGCCUGAGAGAAAUGCAAAACACUCUGGGCGCUGGUGAGACGGAUCUGAGAACGCUGUUGAGCGGGGUGAGGGAUAGUUUGGAGAGCAACAGGACGCGCGUGCAAGGCAAUCUGCAGAGUGUUGGACAGAGGCUGGACGAAUUGCAAGCGAGGGUGCAGAGGCUGGGGUAAUAAGACUCCGCCGCUCUUCGUUCAAAAGCAAUCUCGCACAACUUCAUGGCGUCGAAAGCGAGAUGGACCUUUCCGCCGUUGCACGUGUAGAUGCGCGCCUUGCCGUCGAAAGACACCUCGAGCACAAGGUCAGGUUCGAGAUUUGCGAUUUGUGCAACACCAAGAGGAGCGGUAAAAUUUUGAGGUGAGCUGAGCCAUCCAAUGCGGAUCUUGUGGCGGAAGCGGCGCACCUCGCCAUGUAUGUACAUCUCAGCAGUAGUGCUCUGUCCGCAGUCAUGAAGCGCAAAUCAAACUUUUGAGCUCGUCAAGCCUACAAACA